CGCUCCCACCCGCGUCGCCCUCACUCAAUACUAGGCCGGCCAGCUGAAUCAAACCGGAUUCUACUGGCGAGCACCGUAACAGGCUCUUCUCUCGUUCAUAUACCGCCAUAUACCGUGCAUGCUGUCGCUCUAGGCUGCCCUAGAAUAAUACGCAAAUUAUAUCUUAAUACUUUUAUCCCAACCUCGUUCCUCUCAUCACACUUCUCGAAGAUCGCCAUGGUCCGCUCGAUUCUGCCGCUGGCAGCUGCCCUGCUUGGAGCGGUUACCGUCCUCGCUGAACCGCCAAGCUGCUCCUUGUCAAAGAAGUGCCCCAAGGAGGCGCCAUGCUGUUCUCAAUAUAACCAGUGCGGCGUUGGCGCCUUCUGUCUUGGCGGCUGUGACCCGCGGAUGUCCUUCUCGCUGGACUCUUGCGUCCCCGCGCCGGUGUGCGAAAGCAAGACGUACAAGAUGGACAGCCUGGACGGCAUUGUCGACGUCGGCAAGUACCUCGGUGACCCCAAGACUGCCGACUGGGUCGCUCAAGGCGAGCCGCUGGCCUACAAUGGCAAUGUCCUGCUCACCAUGCCCCCGAAAUCGGUUGGCACCGUCCUUGCCACUACCACGUACAUGUGGUAUGGCACCGUCAAGGCAAAAAUGAAGACGUCGAGGGGUGCUGGCGUCGUCACGGCUUUCAUUCUCUUCAGCGAUGUCAAGGACGAGAUCGACUACGAGUUUGUGGGUGUCGAUUUGAGCGUUGCCCAGACCAACUACUACUUCCAGGGUAUCCCGGAUUAUGACAACUCGGGCAACAUCACCGGAAUCUCCAACACCUUCGAUAACUUCCACGUCUACGAGAUCCAGUGGACGCCCGACUCCAUCACCUGGCUCGUCGACGGCAAGGUGGGACGUACAAAGAAGCGAUCGGAGACGUGGAACGCGACCGCCAACCAGUGGAACUUCCCUCAGACGCCCUCGCGUGUCCAGAUCUCGCUCUGGCCCGGCGGCGCGCCGAGCAACGCGGCCGGCACCAUCGAGUGGGCGGGUGGCGAGAUCGACUGGAACUCGGAGGACAUCAAGAACUACGGCUACGACUUUGCCACCUUUGGCGAGAUCUCGGUCGAGUGCUUCAACGCCAACAGCCCGCCCGGCACCAACAAACACGUCAGCUACCGGUACACGGACGCGCGCGCCACCAACGACACGGUCCUCGACGGCAACGACGGGACCAUCCUCAAGAGCUUCGCCGGCACGGGCCUCGACAUGGACGCCGGCAGCAGCUCCAGCGGCUCGGGCUCUAGCGGCCCGACCGCCGCGUCCGUCCCCGGCGGCAGCACAGGGUCGGGCUCGGGAAUCCUCCCCGGCGGCGAUGGCUCGGGUGACGGCUCCGGCGACGGCUCCGGCACGGCGCCCCCACGGUGCACGGCUACGGGCUUCACUCAGUCGUGCGACACGGGCUCGGGCUCGGGCUCCGGCAGCAAGAACGACGGCGUCAGGGUGGUCGAGAGGACGCUCGGCGCCAGCGCGUUUGCCGUCGUGGUGGCUAUCGCUGGGAUGCUGUGGCUCUGAGCUGGUUGUAAUGGUGGGCUCUCAAUGCCAGGACUGGGGUUUUCUCCAUCUUGUUUCUAGCUUCUUGUAUCUAAUUGUCAUACAUCAUGACGCCUAAUUUUUUGAUUGCUUCUCUUUUCACCCUGGGAUUGGAGCAGCGUGAAGCACACACAGCAUGAGCGGAUAUUUUUUUUUGUCUCUCUUCUUUUCUCGUUAUUUUCCUUCCCGUCUUUCCUUUUCGCGUCAUCUGCG